AUGGCGCCGGCGCGGCAGUGCCACUCCGAGCACGCAAGUGUGGUCACGUCGCCCACCUCGGGGUCGGUGUCCCCGCUGGCGCUCCCGAGCAAGCAGGCGGUCUCGCGCAGCGUCACCGCGGCCGCGCCGCCAGCGACCUGCAAGUCGUUAGCCCCACCACAGAAGAUGACGCAAGUGUCCACCAUGAAGGUCGGCGAGUGCAGCGGCGGCGUCAUCAAGGUGUCGGCUCACCCGCAUGGCGUCCUGGUCGCGCACCUGGAUCUCCUGUACGACGUGUACCGCGAGGUGCAGUCGUGCGUGCGCAACCCGCUGCAAGUUGGCAUCUCGCGGGCGGCGAUCCAGCGGUGCAUGCGGCGACAGGAGGAGGACGAGCACGAGGGGAGCAGCGAGGGUCACGCCGGGGCUGACGUGGAAUCGCAGGAGCGCCGCAAAGAGCAGGCGAGGGAGAUUCUCACGCUGCUGGACCAGCACGUCCAGCGCAUGAAGCCCGACGUGGACGGCAGGCACGACGUGGUGUUCGAGGACCUCAUCGGGGUCUUGUACCCGUUCCUGCCGAAGUCCGACUUGCGGAUGCUCGCGAGGCACGUCAGGGGCGAGACUCCCCCGUGCCCAAUCUCGUACGAAAAGGCCAAGUGGCUGUGCCAGCGUGUGCCGCGGAUCGUGCGCGAAAUGGGAGCGAGCACGGAGGAGAGCGUGAAGAGCCGGCUGCUGCUCGUGAAGCUGAAGCGCCUGCUCGAGACGGCGCUGGAGCGCGCCUUCCUGAUGUGGUCGGUGUCGCACCUCCAGAUCUCCGACACCGAGCCGCUGCUGCUGGACGCCCUGGACGCGGCGCUGGUGCGCGCGAUCCGCCUGUGGAACGAUGGCAAGGCGCCCGCGGGCAAGGACAUGAUGGCCGGCUUCUCCGAAGAAGAUGCUAGCACUCUGGCAGUGGCGUGCUCGGACCCGGUGGCGGUGCUGUCCUUGUACACACAGCGCCGAGGCAAGCUGCUCAGCGAGGCUCAAAUCCUCGCAGCCAGCAAGAGCUGA